CUGCUGUGCGAGACGGAGCACCCCAAACCCUAACAAAACUUUUUAUAUUCGGAUCUGAAUCCAGUUACAAUAUAUUACCUACUAACUUCGAUUUCGUUUGCAAGAAUUAUCGGGUGUGCAUGUGUACACCCAUGUCCUAUGCUGGGUUCGCCCCUGAUUUCUAGGAGAUUAGGACAUCUGUUGUAUUCUCUUUGGCUAUAUGUUUACAUAUUGUCUCGGAAAUUUGAUGUCAUCUGUGGCAUGCUUCCCUACCAAUGUUAGCAGAUGUUGGUCCUGCUAGCAUAUUGUAUUUGGUACCUUGGAUGUGUGUAUAUGCUGUGUGAUCCUGCAUCGUGUUUCCAAACUAAGAUCUUUCCAUUUGUUUAUAAAAUGCCUCUGCCUGUCUAUGCAAUAUGUCAGUGAAUACAUGUCGUGAUCCUCAAAAGCUUGAGGAUCCCAAGAAUUGAGAAUAUACAGUAUAGUCUUUUUUGUAUAGGUUAAGAAUCAAGUUUUGCUUGAGAAGAUAUAAUGUAUUAUCAAGCUUUUAUCUCUCCAGCAUCAUAAAGUGUAUUAAAUAAGGUACUUAGACAUAUACAUGAAUUGUUCUAAAGAAUGAAAUGGUAGUUUAAUUUUCCGGUUAUAUCCAAAUUGAAUCAUUGGAUCUGAACUUGGGAGGACCUUGGCAAAAGGAAUUGUGGUGUUUGACAAAAAGGCAGUAAUAAUGAAAUGAUAUUUUUAAGGCAUAUUUUGUAUUAUCGAGUCCAAGUCACAAAGGUAUCUAAAUUGCAAUUUGUUCAAUUCAGAAAAGUUGUUACACUCUAUAACAGGCUUUGGACUUUUCUCUGCAGCUUACACAAGAAAUUUUCUUUUAUCUCCACUCCACCUUCUUUUCUGAUGGCACAAGCAGCUAUCUGCAGCCUUUUCAUCAUUAACAAGUCUGGUGGCCUCAUAUACUACAAGGAGUAUGGUUCAGCUGGGAGGAUGGACACCAAUGACAGUCUUAGAUUGGCAAGUCUCUGGCAUUCAAUGCAUGCUAUCUCCCAGCAACUCUCCCCUAUCCCUGGUUGUACUGGCAUUGACCUCCUACAAGCCCAUAACUUUGAUCUCCACUGCUUCCAAUCCCUCACAGGGACAAAAUUUUUUGUUGUAUGCGAAACCGGCGCGCAAAAUAUGGAGACUCUGCUGAAAGCAAUAUAUGAGCUGUACACGGACUUUGUUCUGAAAAACCCGUUCUAUGAGAUGGAGAUGCCGAUCAGGUGCGAGCUGUUUGAUCUCAACCUAGCUCAGGUGAUCCAGAAGGAUCGACUCGCCCUUCUGGGUCGGUGAAACUGAAACAUGAAAACACUACCGUCCCAAUAGUGUGAUUGAUAAUUAAUUCUUUUUUCUAAGUUAUUACUCUCAGCUAUGCUCAGCUGGAAUCGUACUUGUACUGGUGCAUAAUCGAUAACUUCAAUAUGGUGUAUGUGUUUGCUGGAAUAUAGAGUUUUGCAUACAGGAAAUGCUGCUGCAAAUAACAACUCCAUGGAAUGCA